GAUUCGUUCACAUCGCUAGCAGGAGGCGCCCAGAACGGCUGUGUCAGUCGAAAGCGAACAUCUCCAUCAGGAAUUUUGGGUUUUUUGAGGACUCAAGGAAACGUUAACGACAUUUUCCGUCGCUUGGAAGAAAAAUGCCUGAAUUACUUUCGUUUUAUCGGAUCUAGAUCAAAUAUUCAUGGACUGAUGCGGCCAUGGCAAGUCUCGGUGUCCGCUUUAUCGAUACACGCCUGCAACAUCUGAAGGAUAUAAAGUGAAAGAUACAUUAUAAUUAAGUUGAUCUGAUCUCGGCAGGCUCAAUCUGUGCGCAUGCGAGAUAACAGUCCUGUGCUCUGGAUAUGCUGAUGUGAACUGAUACAGGCUGAGUAUCUGCUCAAGAUAAUGUGAUUUUGUCUUUCCAUGGACAUUUUUCUGUGACACUAUCAUUGGCAAGUCUAAAACGGGGACUAUUUAGUUUGUAACUUGUUUUUAAACGGCACAUUUGAUGGUUAAUGAUCGGAUAUCUUCAUCUACAAUCAGCUGACCACCUCUGAAUUCACUGCAUUAGAAGAUAUAUCCUGGAGUUUUCCUUCAUUUGCCUAAAAAAAAGCAGAUUUGGACCCCAGAUAUUUAGUCGUGUGUUAAAGGAGCCUAUAAGGAUCAUUGUGGUCGAACAGUAACGGGAUCUUGGAGAUGUCAGGCCGGCCUAGGACCUCCUCAUUUGCGGAGAGCUGCAAGCCAGUGCCGCAGCCUUCAGCCUUUGGCAACAUGAAAGUCAGCAGAGAUAAAGAUGGCAGUAAAGUUACAACAGUGGCCGCGACACCUGGUCAGGGACCCGACCGACCCCAGGAGGUCAGCUACAUGGACACAAAGGUCAUCGGGAACGGCUCGUUUGGGGUCGUAUAUCAAGCGAAGCUGUGUGACACCGGUGAGCUGGUGGCCAUAAAGAAGGUGCUGCAGGAUAAAAGGUUCAAGAAUCGUGAGUUACAGAUCAUGAGGAAGUUGGAUCACUGUAACAUUGUCCGUCUGCGCUACUUCUUCUACUCCAGCGGAGACAAAAAGGAUGAGGUCUAUCUGAAUUUGGUGAUGGACUAUGUGCCUGAGAAUGUGUACAGAGUGGCCAGACACUACAGCAGAGCCAAGCAGAAUCUGCCUAUGGUCUAUGUGAAGCUAUAUAUGUACCAGCUGUUCCGCAGCUUGGCAUACAUCCACUCGUAUGGGAUCUGCCAUCGAGAUAUCAAGCCGCAGAACCUCCUGCUCGACCCAGAGACAGCUGUACUCAAACUCUGUGACUUUGGAAGUGCUAAGCAGCUGGCGCGUGGUGAGCCUAAUGUUUCCUACAUCUGCUCGCGCUACUACAGAGCCCCUGAGCUCAUUUUCGGAGCCACGGACUACGCUUCCAGCAUAGACAUUUGGUCGGCUGGCUGUGUACUGGCUGAGCUGCUGCUUGGACAGCCCAUCUUUCCUGGUGACAGUGGUGUAGAUCAGCUCGUUGAAAUCAUCAAGGUUCUGGGAACUCCCACACGAGAGCAGAUCCGGCAGAUGAACCCAAAUUACACUGAAUUCAAGUUUCCACAGAUAAAGGCACACCCGUGGACUAAGGUUUUACGGCCCCGGACCCCUCCGGAGGCGAUAGCUCUGUGUUCUCGACUGCUGGAGUACACCCCUACGGCCCGCCUCACUCCUCUAGAGGCCUGCGCUCACACUUUCUUCGACGAGCUCCGUGAGCCCAACCUCAAGCUCCCGAAUGGAAGAGAGCGGCCUGUGCUGUUUAAUUUCUCCACACAGGAGUUGUCCAGUAACUCCUCGCUGGCCUCCGUACUCAUUCCCUCACAUGCUCAGAACCAGGCGGAAAACUCUUCCCAGUCUGCCUCGGCUGCAACAGGUGCUAACAGCGGCGACCGUGGCCUGAAUGCCAACGCUGCCUCUGCCGCCCCCAAUCCUUCAACUUGAACCCCAUCCACCCCUCAAUGGGCCACUUUACCCUGCUGCUUAUAAGCCACGCCCAUUCCCCGAGGUCAAGGGGCGUGGCUAAAACUAACCGAAAAGCUCAUGAUAUGAUGGAUGCACCAACCAAACCUUCCCCCAGUCAUUGUCUUGGUUUUUAUUAUUAUUAUUAUUAUUAUUUUAUUUAUUUGCUCUAACAGACACGAUGAGGGCUAAGAAACACCACUUCAGGACUAUCUGUGGUGAUGUUUGAAAAUUCUCUCUCUCUAUAUAUAUAUAUUUACACUUACAUAAACCGUUACACCUACAAAUAUGUCUACUUUGACAUUUUUUUAAAGGGAAAUCUGUAUGCUGUAGCUGCUGCUUCUUUUAUAAUCAUCUCGGCCCCACUCCUGGUUAAUUAUGGGUAGAGACAGACUUUGAAUAUGAGCUGGCACAGGUGGGAUUCAGGAAAGCUGGAUCCUGAUUGGUCCAAUACGACCAAAUCCUGAAUCGGUUCAACAGCAUGGACUGAUUUUCCAUGACUAUGUGAAAUAUAUACUAAUGACUUUUGCCUUUUCCCUCAGUAUUGGGCGGAAAUGUUGUAUGCUUAAGCUGUAUGCUGCUGUGUACCUCUUUGUUUUUCGACAGCGUUUGAAGGAGGGACAUUAUCCAUUCGUUUCCUGCUCAGUUUCCUCCUUCCUGUUGUAUAAUACUUCACUGAACUCUACGGAUGUUGACACACAUGUGAUAUCGGAUCAUUUUUUUGUGAGCACGUGACGCGUGUGUGUGUAAGAGAGAGUGCAUGCUGUACGUCUUAUGUCUAUAAAUACUGUAUGCUGAUUAGUGAGCUAAAAGAAACUAGCGCGUAAUUAAGAAAAAAGAUAAUCAGGACCUUUAAACAGAGCAGGUUUCUGCACCGCAAAUUCCAGCCUUGAGGCUUAAGCAAGAUGUUGGGUUUAGUUUUCGAAAUCGUGUCAUUCGGGUUCGAAUUUAGCAGGAACGGGCGGCUGAAAGCAGUUUGAAAUCUGUAACCAUCUGGACUGCUCUGUCAGGAAGUCGACUCUAAUGAUGAGGAAAGAAGAUAGGAUGGGAACGUUUUCUCUACAGUCCGUUCGCUUCCAUUUCUUCUUGUUUUUCUUCCUCUCGUCCUCUUUAGUGUCCCCUAGUGUUAGUGGAAGUGCACAACCAAGGCAGUUGGAUCGUGUUCCUCCAAAUACGGUCUACAGAAGAGUCACUUCAGACUGUUGAUGUCCCUCCCAAAAGUGCUGUUGAAAGAAUAUCCAUCUGUUCUGUUGCCUACGUAAAGCCACAGUUCACCCAAGUUGCUCACACUCACGUUGUCCCAAACUCGUAUGAUUUAUUUUCUUCCAUAAACCCUUGAUGAGAAUGUUUACUUUAUAUUUUAAGUGAUCUUUUCUAUGCAAUGAAAGUGACUAAGGGCUGUAAACCAUGAAAAUGAUAAAAAAAAGUAAUGUAAUCCAUGACUUGUGUGCUAUAUUAAAAGUCCUCUUGAAGUCAUACAAUCAUUUUAUGUGAGGAAAAAUGCAAACUAAGUGGUUAUAAUCAACAUACUAAUAAUCACUUCUUACUCCCUAACUCUCAAAUACUGUGUCGUGUUCAAAUUUGGAGAACCUUGGCAUCACUGAAAUAAAACCUUAUGUAAUAACCAGUAUGAUUUGCCAUAUGAGCAAAACUGAAAUAUGAAAGCUCUGGCUAAGAUUGUUUGUGUAAUUUUCGGUGCUUGAAAGAUGAUGAUCAUUCACUUUCAUUGUAUGGAAACGAUUCAUCAUCUCACUAUUUUUAUUCUGUUUUAUUUUUUUACAGUCUUUUUUUUUUUUUUUUUUAAUAUGACAGUUUUUUGGGUCAAUUGUCCAUUCAAUGUUCUUCUGAACUUUUUUUUUUUAAAUGACCAGUUAUUAAAAUAUGAUCUUGUAUGACGGUGCUCCAUCACUUUCAUGUAUUAAAAUCUGUUUAGGGAACUUAUUCAUUUCCUCUUCCGAGCUCUUGUUCAGGCCAGUUCACUGUCAUAGCAGGAAAAAUAAAUUGAACAGUGUUUUUCUUUUUUUAUAUAUGUUUUACUUCGAGUUUCAGAAAGACUUUAUCUUAAAGGGGUCAUAUUUGGUGUAACAGAAUAUGCUGGCGUGCUUUAAAGUAAAAAAAAAACAUGAUUCAAGUUCAGACCUCCUCUCCUAGGUUCACGAAACAGUCGUCCAUAAAAUGCAUUGCAGUUCGUCUGUAAGUAAAAUUAAAGAUUCCUAGAUGCAUCUACUAUCGGAGGCCAAAUAAAGUGUUUUUGCUUUCACCUAGAUUCAUAGCAUCUCCCUGACAUGACUGCUUCAACACUAACUGUGUUACUGAAACCCAGCCUUCUUUCUUUGCGUGAACAUUUGUGUGGCAUCACGCAAAUAUUUCCACAUAGUGACAUAGACAUGUUUUAGAGGGCGUGGCCGAGUCUUAACUUUGAUAAAGAAUAUCUCUAUGGUUUCGAGACUUUGGUCUUUCUAACUUUAUAGAUCUUCUUCAUGCACCAAGAGCUUUUAACACUCCAAAGAGAAAGGAAAUUUUUUAUUUAUUUAUUUAAUGUUCUUUUAAUUGAUAUGGAAGUUCUUUUAUAUUUACAGGUUUUUUUUAAUCAUUUAUGUAAUACGUGAGAAUAUGGUGUCAAGUAUCUACAGUGUUAAGUAAUGAUUUUGCAAUAAUAUAUUUUUGAUUUGUGUUUGUGGUUUUGUAAAAUACUUUCAGCAGCACUUAAAGGGAGUGAAGUCAUGUAGCGCUACAACCAUUUUCAUAAGCUUCAUUAAAAUAUGUUUUUAAAGCCUCUGCUGUUAGCAGUCACAUUGCUUCAUGAUUUACUUUUCUCAGUGACUCAUAUUUGAAACAAAUAUGAGAUGAAAGGGAAAAUGUAGAAAUACACACUUGAACUGCUGGUAGCCAUAAAAGUUCAUCAACAGGCACCAAAACUGAAAACAAACAAACUGAACAUAGCUAUUAUUAUUAUUAUUAUUAUUAUUUUCUAUGUUCAUGACAGUAUGUUGAACGUCACACUGAUGUGUUUUCUGUCCCUUGUGUGCUCUGGUUCAGAGAAGUCACCUGAUACUGUACUGUAUUGAAUAAAGUAUAGCUUAGCCUCACUCCA